AUGUUCCCCUCGUCCGACUAUCAACCGUCGCCGUCGUCUGAGUUCAUUCCCCCACUCGAUGACAAGCAGCAGUCGGAAAACGCUGUCGAGGCAGUCGAUCUUGACGCCGUGCAGAAGAUUCAGGCAAGCAUGCCUGCAGCUGACCCAGAAGCGCCAGUUGGCUCGAACAAGAACCCAAUUCGCAUCAUCCAGCAAGGAAGCCAGUUCAUUACAACUCAGGACGUCUCCGACUCGAACUUGCAUCAGAUUGUCCAGGUACUCGCCAAUCAAGCCCUCGUUGACGAAAGUAAGAAUGGGGGUAAAGUUCUGGCUAUUUACAAUCGACUGACGAAUAAGCGCAUCGUAUUUCGAGUGACACAUGGUCGACGAAAGCGUCAGGGAGGCGAAUUGAGUGAAGUCCGGGAUCACUAUAGCCUUGCUCCACCAAACGGAGGCGAGCGAAAACGACGGCGUGGUCGGCGUCCUGGGCAAAAGAAGAAGACGCCAGAUGAGGAGGAUCCUGAUUUCGAGCCUGAUCUGCCCGAGGAGGAGGUGCUUCCGUUCCCCAUUGUUCGAAAAAGGGCACCAGCGAAGUCAACGGACAAUAAUCUGGUCACCGGAAGAGUUUCGAAACCGCCAAAGUAUCUAAUCAAGGACUACAAGCACCUUCGACUGGAGGACCUCAAGGAGGAUGAGGACAGGGGGGACAGAGACGCCGCCAAUGUUAGUUCCGGUGAGGACUCGAAUGUUGGAUACUCCGAUUACAAUGCCGGCAGCGACCUAAAUUCAGAAGGGGAGGAGAAUGCCACGAUGAAACCUCUGUCGCGAGGUUUCGACUGUCAGCUGUGUGGAAAGUCCUUUGCCUCGCGAGCCGGCCUCUCUCGACACAACAUGCUCAAGCACAACCCGGACGGCAAAGUUAAACGCGUGGGACCCUGGAGCGAUCCCGUGCUAUCGGCCAUUCGCCGGCGAAACCGACUGAGUGAAGUGCGUGGUGCACAAGUUGGCAUUGAUACCUUCCACUUUAAGUUGUCAACUGCUGCGCGUCCUUCGUACAUCUUCAUUUGGGCGUUUUGCCCACUUAAAGUGAUCUUUUUAUUUUUUAAGGCCCUUGAAAAGGCUACCCCGGAGGAUCUCAUUGAUUUAGCUGGCCCAAAAGUCGCGAACGUUUUGCCACUGUGGGAUUAUCUGUUUCUGCGCAGUGAAGAUCCCUCCCCUGGAUUUGCAGCUCGUACCCCCGUUCGCCCUCCCAAACUCUCACGUCUCGUUUUUGAAUACCUUACACUCGUGUCGACCUUUCGAGAAUUCAUUGAGAAACAGUUGGAGUUGGUAGAUAAGGAGCCCUGUGAUGCGGACUUGAAACAGGAGCAGGAGGCGGAGGAGAUUUUGGCUGGCCAGCCUGCCCCCGCUUCUGUAAAACGUCGACGCUAUCUUCAACGGCUACGGCGACAAAAGGAAUUAGCAGAGUUAAAUAACGGGAACGUAAAUCGUGACAAUGACUCGGAAGCCACACAUCCCGACAAGGAUUUGACUAAUCCCCCGAAAAAAACUGUGACUCACCUCCGGCUUAGCGGAAGCGAGAACAUGUCUGUCACGGAGACCUCACGCGCCGGAGCACCGCAAACCACCGGUAGGGACUGUGAUGAGGCCGUCAUUCAGGUGCGGUGUCAGACGGAGGCCAGCGCACUGAGUCUCCCCAUGGGUCGGUACAAACCACGGCUUCCGUUCCCCGAUGACCGCCUCCCCAGGCGAUACCGGCCAGUGACCUCUGCUCCACCCACAGACAAUCACUCCUCAGACGAAUCGCGCAGAGCAGAACCCGCACUCAAGCGAGCUGUCAUCACCUCUGUUGAGCACAAUGACUUGAUAGAAGCCAUAUCUGAGAAUCAGCCAUGUGACGAAACGGACUGCGAGGCACUCGUGCCUGAACCUUCAGAAACAGAGAAGGUCACGGAAAGUGUGAAAGUUAGCGCAAUUGUCGGUGAGAACUCGUCUCUGUACCUGCACCCCGAAGGCCUCGGGUACCCGGUGCCUGACGACUGGAUAACCUCCGGGUCGUUCCUCCCCGUCCUUAUGGAAUCUGGAGCCUUGAGCGAUUUGGCUGUGGAAGCUGCCAGUGGUCGCAUUUUCCACCGCCCCACAGGCCAGUUGGUCUCUGCUGCACCCGAAGGCGUCGUCGCACAACCGCCAACGGAUGAGAGGGUUGACUCCAGCCAGGCUCCUGAGGAGGUGCUUGUCAAAUCAGACCCUGUCGCACCCGUAACCUCGGAGAUCUCCGUUUCGGAAGUCUCACCGACAACAUGCCUCGUAACCACGCCGAACGGUGUGCAGUUCCAGGUAGGUCUUCUUGUCAAAGUUCUGCACGGUGGCGAGGGAAUCACAAUGGAGACACUGCAGGCAAUUCUCGAAAUGGAAAAUACUUAA